UUUUAUUAAAGUUAUUUUCUUCAGUAGGUCAAGAUCCGUCAGCAGUUAACCAUUAGGUGGCCACGAAUAUAACCUACAGGUUCCUCUUUUAGAUGUGCCCAGUCUCCUCCUAGGUCGAAUACGGGUACAUACCGCAUGUAUGUGGGUGGAUAAUAUCAAGCUAUUAUCAUCUGACAUGUUGUUUCUGUGGCUUUUCUUUGUGUGUGAUUGAGCUGUCUAUAAAUAACAUUCGAACCUGCAGAUGAGGCAAACUCAUUCCCAAACCCGUCUGAUUUUCGAAAUUCAAUAUCCGAGAUGAAAGCUGUAUUUAAUGAUGUUUCUGAGCUUCGAAGUGGAAAGGAACAGUGGAAGAUUAUGGUGAAAGUCAUUAGGAUCUGGUAUAGCAAAGGUUUUGCCAGUUCCAAACUUCCCCUUUCUCUUGAGAUGGUGCUGAUGGAUUCUAAGGGUAACAAAAUCCAUGCCACAAUCAAGAAGACUUUGAUGUACAAGUUUGAGAAGUUGCUUGUGGAUGGUAACGUGUAUAGUAUUUCAGGGUUUGUUUUGGUGGAUAGCUGUGGUGAUUACAAGACGACCAGGCACAACUACAAGAUUUGUUUCAUGUUUAAGACUGAGGUUCGUCCAAUGAAUCAGUUUCCUAUUGAGGUGUUUCCUUACACAUUUGUGUCUCUUGCUAAGAUCCUCUCACCUGGGUGUGAAUCAAACUUUUUAGUCGAUGUCAUUGGGAUUCUCACUGGGGUUGGUGUUGAAAGGGAGAUUGUCACUCAUGGGAAGACAUCUAAAAUGAAUGUGGUUGAAAUUGAAUCUGAAGGUUUGAGGAUUGAGUGUGCUCUAUUUGGUGUUUAUGCUGAUGAGCUGACCAACUUCCUUGGUGGUGGUGACCUAAAUAACCCUGUUGUUAUUGUUCAGUUUGCCAAAGUUAAAUCUUUCCAAGGCAAUAAUAGUAUCCAAAAUGUACAUGGUGCCACCAAGAUAUUGUUUGAUCCACCUGUACCGAUGGCUGAUGUGUUGAAGAGGAGGUUUUUGGAAAAAAAUGAUAGUGGUUCUAGGUCUCUUAGCCAGUUGACAGAUUCUAAAAGUGUUUCUGGUGAGGAUGACUUCUUGGUAUUAACUUCUAGCAAGACAAUUGCUGAAUUGAAGGAUUUGAAGAAGGACGUUAUCUGUGUUGUGUAUGGUAGGAUUUGUCCAAUUGAAGAAGGUGUUGAGUGGUGGUACACGGCCUGUAGAUGUAAUAGGAAGGUGUAUGCUGAUGAAAAGAUGUUCUUUUGUGAAAGCUGUAAUCGCCAUGUCCUUGCAGUGUAUCCUAGGUAUCGUUUGCAGCUGACUGUGGAAGACCAUACUGGGAUUGCUAAUUUGGUUCUUUUUGAUAAGGAAGCAUCUUCGUUGGUGGGAAGAUCAUGUACUGAAAUGGUUGAAGUGACUGAAAAGGAUGAUGGUUCUAAUGGAAUUCCGGAGGAAAUUGCUAAGUUCAUUGGUACAGCUGCUCUUUUCAAGAUUGAGGUUAAGAAUUUUACUAGCCUAAGGUUUGAUAGGUCCCGUUUUGAGGCGUCGUAUCGUGUUAAGCGAGUGUGUACAGAUGAAGAUAUUAUACAGCAGUUCAAAAAAAUGCAGCUGGAGCACAAUGUACGUGUUCAUUUGCCUUAUUUUUGCUAUACAUAUUUUCCUAAUGAUGGGUCUGAUAUUAAUCCUUACGGGAUAAAGGUUGGGGCAUCUUCAAGCCGUGUUAUGGUGACUCCCCAGUCAACAUUGAAGCAUGAAGGAGUUGCAAAGGAUUUGAUGGAAGAUUUUGGGACUGUUGGGGAUGACAAGUCACCUGUAACACCCUUUGCACUGGAGUCUCCUACCAUUGAUUUGAAUGGAGAUACUCAGGACAUCAUAAACUCUAAAAGGAGUCUAUCAACUGAAAAUGAAGAAUUGGUGUCCGGGUUUGGGAGGAAGAAGAAGAUGUUACUCAAGAUGAAGAAGGACAAGAUGUGAUUGACAUUGGUUGUGUGGUGCAGUGUUUGUAGAAUGUUUAUUUUAACGGAUGUGUUUGUUAAGAAGCAAUUUGUUUAAGUGUUUGUGAAGAAGCAACUUCCAGUUGCAGAUUAUCAAGUGUGUAGGAACAGUUUGUGUAAGUAUUGGUGAAGAAGCAACGUUUAGUUGCAAUUUGUCAACUGUGUAGGAUUAGUUGUUUACUAUUUGGAUUAUUUAAGUUUUUGAAUGUUGGUAUUGGAUGAUUGUAAGGAAA